UUUAGGUUUUGUUUUACAAAUAUCGUUUAAAAUAAGUAUUGUAAUGUGAUGUGAAAACAAUUUCCAGAAUACCCAGCCAAGAAGCUUAUUGAGUGUAAUGGUGGCACGAAAGAGCUUUUCUUAAAUAAAGUAUCAAUGAUUCAAGUGUUUAAACGAAAUGAAAAAUCGUUGAGCUGCUCCCAGCUUCUUAAAUUUCUUAUUUUCAAAGCUGUAAAUGAUUAAAAACUUGCUUGAAACAGGGUUUACUUGAGGUAAACCCAAUUUUUAACCCAUAAGCUUUUGCAAGGUUCUAGUUAUUUAUCAAUACAAUUUUACCCAAAUUGCCCUAAAUGGGCUAAUUUUUAUUGCAACAUAACGUUCGGAAGUUUAUGUGAAGUGUAUAUAAUAACUGCGUUAUGGUUGAACUUCGAAAACUUCAUGCUAAUGAUCAUGGAUCUGCUUCAGUAAUAAAGAAGUUAAUCAAGAUUAUUUUAUGAUGGAUAUUUUAUUAGCAAGAUUGUCCUGGAUAUUUUUAAACAUGUGCAUUGUAUAUAAAAGUCGUGGAUUUGGAAGAAGUAAUCGAAUUUGAUUAAUUUGACGUCCACAGAAUGUGUGCUUGGUGCAAGGAUUCGCUCUUAAUUGAUGCCAGGAGAUCGUAGUUGUCAAGUCGAAUUGAUGCCCGGAGAAUUUUUUUCAAGUCAAACAUCAGUGAAGUGAAGCAAUCGUAAAAUAAACAUCGACUAACGAACAAGUCGCCGUGGACAUCGUGGCGGAUACGCGAAAAAUUGCCCCGUAAAGGGUUCAUAAAAAGCUACGAGUAUGCCUCUUAAGUUUAUGCGCCGUUUGCCGGGGUCUGGCGACAACCGCCGGCACAAAGAUGAUCCGGACUAUGAAGAAGUUGGCCCCGUCACUAUACACCUCAAGCACACGCCAGACGGGCGGGGCGACGGCAAGCACUGCGAGGUGUGCGGGUCGGCACAAGCGGCCGUGCGGUGCGACAACUGCUCGGGGCAGGUCUUCUGCUGCGCCUGCGACGAGGUCUUCCACCGACACCCGCGCCGCACGCAGCACCACAGGAAGGCAAUGGAGGGCGUAAGGCCCCCGCUGCCCCCCAAAGUAUUGGAGGGGGGCAGGGAGGUCCCCCCACCCCAGCCCCCUCCCCGCCGCAACAAGAGGAGCUUCCUCGGGGGCGGCGGUCUGAGGAAAGAUCAGCAACUCUCGACCAGCCUUGCGUCCCUACGGCAAGACUCCAUAGAGCGAUCACCUUUAACCAAGCCCCCUGCACCUCCACCACCAGUCCGGCGUACAGAGUUGCUCUACUCGCAGGCGCACAAAAAGUCUACGAGCGGGAGCAGUGAGGGUCCCACAUCCGAGGGAGGAGGACUCAUGGGCAGCCUUAAGCGCUUCAUGGGCAGCCGCCCCCUGCCUGCUCCACCGUUGGGCGGAGUGUCGAAUGGUGGAGGCGAAGUGCACAGCAACCUCAUACGCUCCAUCACUUCACCUGACCUCGCGAACAGCCAAAGCGAGUCGGUGCUGGCCGUGGCGAUCCCGCAGACUGUAGUGGACCUGAACACCGAAGAUGCUAGGCGGGGCCGUGCCCCCCAAUACCCUGCGCUCCCUCGCCCCCCAGCCAGCUCUGCGGGGGGCACUGGGGCUGACUGUGAUAACCAUCCACCUUGUGCUCGACUACUACUAAACCAUUAUAAUUUAUACACAAGAAUGUGGCUCUCCAAAUCUUCAUCGUAUAAGCAAGAGCCGCACGUAAGCGCCCCGCAGAAACUGCCUACAGAAAUGUGGCUUCCAUCCAAUGCGCGUAACCCGGAACCUAUAGAAGAAGCACUAGACGAAGAUGGUGCCUAUUUGCACGAAAAACCUUCAUAUUUAACAACGGCACCCCCUCCAAUAACCAUCACUGGCAACUACCCAAGCGCUGGCUUUCCAUCUCAGUCAUACCACUAUUCUUACUCAGAUGGUGGAUAUUGUUCUGGUGAAGCCAGUGUAGGAUAUCCACCAAUAAUGUAUGAUCUCAGACACGGUUACUCGUCAGCGAUGUAUCCAACAGCGGGAUGCAGCAGGGGAAUACAAAAGUCCGCUUCUUGCUCAUUUGUUCCUUACUCGAGUUCCUAUUACUACUCGUUUUAUAAUUAUACGUCAUACCCUCAAGUUUGUACAGAAGAAUCCGAAGAGCAAAGUGUAGACGUUGCGAAGAACAGUGAAGAAUCCUUGGUCCGCCCUGAAGGUGAAAACGGAUUGCGUUCUCCGGUCCCUUCAAGUUGCAGUUUCGAUGUUUCUGGUCUUCAUCCAACACGAGAGGACGAAGAAAUUGCACUCAAAGGGAGAAAGAAGUAUGGUGAAGAAUCCUUGAAGCCCGACACCUCCUUGCCAGCUGUUAUUCGAAGAAGGAACCGUAACAGGCGCAAACAAAAUGCUCAAUCCAUGAUCGACGUCGGCGCCUCCUGGGACUCUGCUAACCGCCACCGCAGUCAAAGUGUGUCUGAAGAACAAUGGAUGCAGAAUAUGCAGCCGACAACCCACUCUAUGUCCACCACCCACUCCGUGCCCACCACACCUCAAGUUCUACAAGAACAACCCUUCGUCAACCCUCGAAGCAGGUUUAACAGCGCCCAAUCAAUAGCAGGGGGUAAAAUCAACAGCACACCUUCUAGAGGAGGAAGGGGUAUGACCUCUUCAACAUCGGUCUGUGAUCUCAACACCAUGCAACUGCAACAGCAGCAACUGCCCCUGCCCUUCCAACCACAGCAGCACCCUCACCAGCUGGUGCCUCGAAUGGGUAGCAUGCACCCGAGUGGGAGCUUCCAGCAGCUGAAUCUCGUGCCGUACUCCGGAGGGAUGAUCUGGGCACCGCAAUGCGACAUGUGUCACGGUCCCACUCCGAUGUACCCACCGCCAAUACCCACCCAUGGCAUGAAACGCGCCGCCUCUAACUUAUCCAUGAACAUGUCAUCUGCGGGCAGCGAUGUAUCCGGUUAUCCUUGGCAACCACACAUGCACCAUCACAUGCCACAUCCCAUGUAUCCGGGCUACUAUCCACCACCACCACCUCCACCUCCGAACAUAAUGCAAGGAUCCAUGCAAGGGUCCACUAUUUCCAUUCCUGACUCGAUGGCAGUUUUUAGCAAAGUUUCAUCCUCACCGGCAGCAUCAGUUCGGUCUUCAUCACGGCGUUCGCAUAAUUCCAGCAAGUCUCGAUCUUUUAGCCAAGCUGAUUUGAGUCGCCGAACAAGGUCAUCUCACCGGUCUGACAGCGAUCACACUUCGUCCACUUCGCCUUCAGCGGACGACGACAUCAUAAAUAGCUCCAGGCCAGGCUAUCCAGGCAGUGUUCUAGCUUGGCAAUGCGAUCAUUGCACUUUCAUCAACCAAGCUGGUUCAAGGGUGUGUGGUAUGUGUUCCAAAACUCAGGCCGCUAUGGCCCAAGCUCGUAAUCAUUUGAAGAAAGCCACCGAGCGAAGACGAAGUGAGCAUAGACGAUUUAGCAGCCGACGAAAUGAGCAGGACGAAGAAGAUCUGGAACCGUCGGAUUAUGAAAAUGAAGGCAAAAAUAACAGUCAUCAAACACACCACAAUGGAAGGGAGCACCGGCGUGAGAGAAGCUCGAAGCUGUCAACAGCAAGUAGAAGCAGCAGCAAAAAAAAGUUAAGACGACGAGCUGGCAGCUCCGGCUCAGCUAGCGAUGUGGUUGAUGAUCUGGAACCGUCGGAUUAUGAAAAUGAAGGCAAAAAUAACAGUCAUCAAACACACCACAAUGGAAGGGAGCACCGGCGUGAGAGAAGCUCGAAGCUGUCAACAGCAAGUAGAAGCAGCAGCAAAAAAAAGUUAAGACGACGAGCUGGCAGCUCCGGCUCAGCUAGCGAUGUGGUUGAUGAUCUCGAACGUCAACUCAGCGACGUCAAAAUAUCCCAAUCCCGUUCGGCAGAUUUUGAUGGCAUGUCAUCCCGAUACAAAGAAAGAGAACGCGAAAGGGAUCGAGAAAGAGGGUACCGAAGGCGUGAAGGAUUGAGUGGCCGAGUGAAGUCUCGUAGCAAGAUCGCUUCUGAGCGACUGUCUAGAACGCCCGGCCACCCGUCCCCAGACAGUCAGUCAGCUCAGAGUAGCCCCAGGGAACCGAGCCCCGCAGAUGAAGAAGUAUUUGAAAAAGAACAAAUUGGCGAGAAAAAAGAAAGUAAUAACAGUAAUUCGAAUGAUGCGACUCUUGUUGGCCCUGGAAAUUCAGAUAAGACUAUUCUUGCUACCGAGCAGAGAUCACCUGAUGCUGAAAAUCGUGUUCGUAAGUCAAAUCUUAUAUCUAGAGCGUCCACUCCAGGCCCGGUGGUUGAAAUUCAGCACGCAGAAGUUCAGAUUAUUACGUCUAACGAGGCCGUGGAGAUUCUUCGACCCCUGAGCACGAAGCAAUCGGAUCAUCUUGUUGUUCAAAAGCCGAAAGAGAAAUCUCCUUCUCCUUUCCAUCUAGACGUGGAAGAGAUCAGCUUCGCUAAUACAUUGGAUGAUGUAGCCACAAUGGGUACAAAUGAAGUGGCAGAUAUUGACCCUUCAAUGGACGAAAGGCCAUUUAGUGCUCUGCCCCCAAUCGAAGAACCUCAUCCAGAAACACCGUGCGUACAGUAUGCCGAACCGCUGUCGGAUCACGAAGACCUUAAGGAAAUAGCGUUGGUGUCGGAACACGAAAACUUUACAGGCGAGAAAGCAAAUUCAUCAUCAAUCAAAGUGGAAGAUGUGUUUGAAGAAAUCAUUCGAAACGAUUUGAGUGAAGACAUUAGGAAUAAAGAAACUAAUGAGGCUAACGCUGUCACUAGUCCGAUAGAAAAGCUUGAAACUAAAUCUUCAAAUCUGGAAGAAAAUUCUGAAUUUAAUCUUCGUGAAGAACCUUCGUUUGAAAGUGUGACGGCCCCCCACCUACCAAACGAGCAGGAAAUGAACGACCUGAAAGAAAAAGUAGAUGAUGUAUCACAAUAUGUUAGUCGUGACGUUUUGCUGCUGCCGACCAAAACCUCGUCUCCUCAAGAGACACGUCGCCCAACGCGCAGCUACUCAAACGGUUCGACUGACGACGUGCAGCAGCGACCGAGCUCUUCCAUCGGGUCGUCAGCUGGAUUCGGUGGCAUCCCUUACGAUCGUCAGCAUACGCCGCUAAGUUUCUCAUCUUCGGAUGCAGCUUUUUACUCUCCUGAUGACUCCCAAGAUGAAUUUGUUGAUGAUACAGCAAGCAGUCGACCGGAAGACAUCAAUCACAUGUUACAGACCUUAGUCGUUGCUGUGGGCGACGAAGAGCUCGUCACAGCUCUUGAGUCUCUUAAAGCUGCUACUGACCAGCGGCGAGCGUCACGCGAAACAAUCAAAUCUUCAGUCGAUGACUUACCUUUUUCAUCUGAAGAGCCCUUAGAAGAGACGAGCGACGUGAGCGCAGCGUCGCCUUUGGACAAGACGUUACGUCAUUCCGAGGAGGACCAUGAAGAUCAAGACGUCUCCGCAGGAUUCAGGACCAAAUCUCCUGAAGGAGGCUACGUCUCGUCGGACGUCUACGAAGGACUUACCUUUCAAGACGCACUAUCGGGGCACAAUGACGUUCGUCCCCUUCAGAAGUCCGCCUCUGAUCAGAUGCUGCUUAGAGGCGCGAAGAAGCCAGCUGAAGAGCCCAGUCCCAAGGCUCCUCGACGGGCGGUGGGCGACAUCGAGGACCGCUACCUGACUGUGGAGGAACUCAUCACCAAGAGGAAGCAGGAGGCCAUGAAGAAGGAUGGGCUCGAGCUCGUCCAGGUCUUAAGGGAGGCGGAGCGCGCAGGCUACCGGGCAGAGGAGGUGUCAGCGGCGCUGCCGGUGUGCGGGGACAAAGGGCCGCUCGCUUGGCUUAUGGAAAACUGGUGGCACAUGGUGCACACGGUCGUGUCACUUGCUUCUACAUAUGGCAGAGAGAAGAAGGAAAACAACAUCGGGCAGAUCUCAGAAGAAGAGGCCAGAGCCGCGCUCAGGGCGCACAAGGGCAACAUUUGGGCAGCCGUCACAGAGAGUCUCGAGCAACGCCAACACAAGUUUGCUGAGCUGACCGCGAGAGGUAACUUCUCCGCCCAAGACGUGGCGAGCGCCUUGCAAGCCAACGCAGGUGAUCUGGAGGCGGCCUACGCGGAGCUUCUGCGCAUGCGCGGUGAUGCCGCUGCCGUGGACGGCGACAACGAAGAAGAAAAUGACGACGCAGAAAUUGAUGAAGGUCCUUCUGAGAUGUACUCCAAUAUAAGUCAUCAAGACAUACCUCUUGGUGAAUACCAACUUGCUCGUAAUAAGCAUGACGAGGACGCAAGCAUCUACUCGAAUAUCGUCUCAACCGCCAAUUCCGACCUCGUCUCCAAAACUGAAGCCCUGCUACAGGAAAUAGAAAAUGAGGCGCCAUUGCUCUCAAAAGAACUUAAAUUGAAGAUUGUUCGCGCCAUAUUGGACGAGGAACCAGACUUGGAAAAUUCUGAGCGCCAUCAAAUCGACUCAGAAGACGAAUCAACAAUAGAAGAACUUCUGGCCCGGGAACAAAAUCCGACGUUCUACGAGUACUUUACAGCAGUCGAUUUGGACGAAUAUGGCGAAGAGCAACGAACUCCAGAGGAGGAUUCCGGAGACGAUCGCUCCGGCGUUCCGGCGGACGAAGCUUCGGAGCUAUUCUUCGAGACCGCAAAUUCGACGACCACUACUCAGCUAGUGACAGCACCAGACCACGGCGAGGUUGGAGACGCCACGACACUCAGUGCAGAGCAAAUAAACUCUACCCAGACUAUGGCUGCUGAGGAAAUGCUAUACGUCAGGAAAGAAGAUGUGACAGUUCAUUCUAUUGAAACUAUUUCACCACAAAGCAGCUUAAGUGGAUCAAAAUUCCAAGAAGCUGUAGAAAACAAUCACAUGGAAAUCGGAAAGGCUGUAAAUCUUACCGCUGCUGCAUCCUAUUCUCCAAAAUCGUCCCUUGAUAAGAAAAUUGCACCCAAAAUUCCUACUACGUCGCUAGGACCGACUCCUUAUCAGCAGCCGGUCCCUGAAAACUUUAUUCCCAGUGUCGAGUCUGGUCUCAAGGAUAGGUCGUCUCCAGCAGUCACUUACCGGAAGAAGAAACAACCGCCAUCAGAAUUAUCAGAAAAUAAAGGAAACAACGAUAACAAUGGGAAUCAAAUUUUACCUGAAAAAUCAGAAAAUCUAACAAAACAGCCAACGGAAGCGCGAUCGUCCCUGACGUUCGAAACUUCAUCAAGUGAAGAAGACGAGUCGGUGAGUGUAACCACUGGCAGACUCAGUCUAACUCUCAGUCACAGUUCAGGCAAAGAUAGAGCAAUCGACGUUAUGGCAGCCACUGUCGAAAAAGAGGAAGUUACAACUGACUUGAAUUUGAAGUCGAAAUUACCGGCAACUAAAACGGCCACCAAGCUCAAUAUUGCAAACAUCCGGAAAUCAGAUAUACGACACAUUGCGCAACUGGAAGAACGAGAGAACAAUAUGGCUGCUACUCAGGCUGCUGCGAUGAAAUCCACUUCAUAUUCCGCUGGUAAAGGUAAAAUUUCUGUCGGCGAAAAAAAUUAUUCUUCAAUCGCCGAUGGAAGCCGCUCUACUGCCGUUGAUGAUGCCUCUUCAAUACCAGUUGAAGGAGAUCUUCCUUCUUCCGUUAAAGGUGCCGAAAUAUCGCCCAUUAUUGAAGGUACUUCUCCCCUUAUUGAAGAAGGUAUCCAGUCUCACGUUGAGGAAGGCAAUUCUUCUAACAUUGGAGAAAACAACUCGUCUGUCGUUGAAGAACUCCCAUCUUCUCCCAUAGCAGGAGAUUCUUCUUCUCUUACAGCGUCACAGACGAAGCCAGCACCCGUGAAGAAAGCUUCAUCCAUCAUUGGCAAAGCUAUUGCCAAAGCCAUGGCUCGGGAGUCCAGCGUUAGAGAAGCAGUUUACUCCCCCGAGCCCGAAGAGUCGUCCAGAGGUUCGACGCCCGCCUCCACGACGCUGGAGUCGACGAUCGCCUCGUCGUUCCUGGAGUCGGGAGGCUCCACGCCCAUCUCCGUCAGUCCUCGCAGCACUCCGGACCUGCAGGAGGAGGCGACGCGGGCUGCUGCCGCAGGCGAGGUUGACUCAGAAGACGACGACCUUUUGCGAUCACUGGACACCAUACCUGAAGAAGUUUACUCCCCCGAGCCCGAAGAGUCGUCCAGAGGUUCGACGCCCGCCUCCACGAUCAUAGGCGAGGUUGACUCAGAAGACGACGACCUUUUGCGAUCACUGGACACCAUACCUGAAGAAGAGGAGAUGAGCGAACGAACAGAAUCUGGACGCGUUCAGUCGCGGUCAUCAGCCAGAAACUUCAAGCUCCCCUUCAGUGCUACUUCAAUAGUCCGUCUGCUUACGCCUUCGAUUCUAAGAACCAAAGACAAAACCCCUAAACCUCUCCCGAGCCCUGAGCCUUCUCGGAAAGAACCCGCGCUACAUCAGGAGCAAAAAUUCACCAACCAUCACCAGGAUACUACUUACGAAAGUCGAACAUCUGGCGAUAUUGUCAUGCCUGACGGUGAUUCCGAAAGCUAUAAGGAUACCAAAUUGACUGAUAGAAGCGAUGGUAGCGACUCUUCCACUCCUCGAGUGCUUGAAGCUGAAGGAUACGACGAAAGUUCUUCUCUAAUUCAACCGUCAAGUUCGUACAUAAUAGAAGGCUUGGGAUGGACUUCUUCAGAUGGGAUAGAUGGUACGGGGUGCACAUCGUCAAGUGUCUUUGAUAGGGCGUCUGCAGAUGUUGAUGCUAAUAUGUCACCCAACGGAAAAGCCGGUGCUGAACUUCCGCCUGCUGAUGAAGAACCAAAGAAAACUGCAGCUGGUGGAGGAGGUAGACCAGAUGUUAAUGUUUAUUAUAACGACACGGCAAUAAAAGCCAAUACUGAGGCUCAUGCCGAGACCAUCAAAGUGGAUCAGAACGACUACGAGUCUAUGUACUCCAUUAGGAGAGAGCUGGACAGUUUACUCAAAUCCAGCUCUCAAGUUUCAUUAAAAAUUGAAUCUUUAGGGGUGAGAAAAACUGAGCCCGGACCGUUAAAAGACCCGUCAGCAUUUAAGGACCUAAAAAAAUCGUCCCCGAAAGUUCCUUCAUCACCAGCGUCUGUUAAAAAACCAGAAACAACACCUGAAGAACUUAAUUCAGAAGACAGAGAAGCAUCGACAAGCGGAGCACAACUCCUGGCUGAAGAAAAUAUUAACACAGUGAAGCGAUCUCCUAAAAACGCAAAUAAGUCUAAGAAAACCGAAGAAACGUCUCAAAGUAAGAGUCCAAAUGGACCUGAAGAAGUGGAAAAAAUAUCAAUAAGUGUCAGGGAGAGAAAAAUAUACGGCCCGGUUUCUACUAAACCCAAAGUUAUCACAGAUGGUAAAGCAGCUCAAAAUAAGAAAUUGUCAGACACUGUAAAUGAGACUCAGCCUUUAAAUGGAGACCCGUCAAAUUUGACGAGAACAUCUAACAUCAUUCGUUCUCCAAAAGUUUUAGCAAAAAGAACUUCUAAAGAAUCUUCAGCAUCAGAUUCAAACGAAAGUGCAAGUAUUCCAACUGUUAAAGCUAAAACACCCGGGGUAUCGUUGGGAAAUAGGCCUCAAGUCAGUCUUCAGGAAAGCGAAACAUCGGCGUUUUCUACACCGGCGCCGUCGAACGAGCAACACUCAAGUCAGGUGCAGGUGAAGAUCGCCUCAUCAGAGGAAUCGGAUGAGGACGAGAAUUUGGCUCCGGCGCAAGGGGUGAGCGUACAAAGACACCAGCUGCUCUCUAAUUUGCUUGACAAGCUUGAGGACCUGCGAGGACGUGAGCCUGACCACUUGGAGGUGCAGGCGCUGAAGCAGCAAGUUAGUGACAUCAAAAAGAGUUUGCAGUCACAGCUGCAAGAGGGCGAGGGUUUAGAACAAACUACUGAUGCCCAAAAAAUGCAGCAAGAGGGAACACCGACCAUCACUGUGGAGGCCGCCGACGACGGAGGCGCAGCCACUGCGAUCGCUACUCCGCGGACUGCGGAAGAGACCUCUGAGUACGAGCAGCUCCGCUUCGACCGGACCGUGCGACGGCUGCUGGCAGAGGGGCAGGCUGGCAGCUACGAAAAGGCCGAGCUCGCCGCCCAGCUCCUGACUUUCAGCUUCGAUGAGGAAGACUCCAUAGCCGCUGCCCAGGAAUGCUCCUCCAUAUAUGGCGCACUACACUUCCUACAGCAGGAGUGCGAGCUCUGCGCUGAGAAGUAUCCUAUGAGGAAGAUGGUCUCGAUGCUAUACUGCACACAUCGCUGCUGUAUGGACUGCGCCAAGACGUACUUUACCUACCAAAUAAAAACCAAGAAUAUCCGCGAGCUACGAUGUCCGUUUUGCAACGAGCCCAACCUGGAUACGGUCGAGGAGUCGGCGACCGAGUACUUCAACCACCUCGACAUCCUCCUAAAAAGCAUCGUGGACGCUGACACUCACGAGCUCUUCCAGCGCAAACUGCGCGACUUGUCACUCAUGAGUGACCCAAACUUCAGAUGGUGCAAUAAGUGCUCCUCUGGGUUCAUCGCAAACCCUAGAGCGCGGAAGCUGAUUUGUCCGGACUGCCGCGACGUGACGUGCGCCCACUGCCGCCUGCCGUGGGAAGAGCAACACGAGGGCAUCAGCUGCGACGCCUUCGCCAAAUGGAAGCAUGAGAACGACCCUGAGGCGCAGGCCCAAGGCGUUGCUAAGCACCUCGCUGAGAACGGCAUCACCUGCCCCAAGUGCAGGUUCCAGUACAGCCUCGCCAAGGGCGGCUGCAUGCACUUCACCUGCUCUGAGUGCAAGUACGAGUUCUGCUCGGGCUGUGGCCAGCCCUUCAGGCAGGGUGCGAGGUGCCCAGUUGGACCCUACUGCGAGCGCCUGGGCCUACACGCCCACCACCCCCGCAACUGCCUCUUCUACCUGCGGGAUAAGGAGCCUCCGCAGCUGCAGCAGCUGCUUAAGGAGAAUAAUAUUCCGUUUGACACGGAGCCUCGCGAUGAUGACACGCACGGCGGCGCGGACACACAACGCAGGCAGUGUCAGGUUCCGGAGCAAAAAGAAACCCCGGACGGUCUCGUGGAUGACAUUUGUGGGCGAUCCGUACUUCAAGGAAACGCAGGACUCUGCAGACUGCACUACGUCGAGUAUCUGGUCGAGAAGAUCAAUUCGCACCACCUCGACCCGGUGAUCAUCUUCGACGAGGCGGACCUGCGCGUCUGCCUCCGCCGCAACGGAAAGGCCGUACCCGUCCGCCGCUGGGAGUCCGAGAAGCUCUACAGGGAUAAGCUCAUUAAGCUCAUCAAGGAACAGCUGCCGCUGUCGUGAAGGUCGACCGCUACUGCAGAAAUCAGCCUACCGUCCGAAUGUAUGCAAAUUAUAAUAAAUUAUAGCUAAAUAUCAAAUCAAAACAAUCGCGAUCGUUAUUAAAUGAAACUAAUUAAACGAUUUGUAAAUUGAAUCUUGGCUUGGGUUAAAGUCACUAAAUUAUUUUUCGAAAGAAAAACUCAUAAACUUGGGACCGCAAUGAGAACAAUGUUAUCUUUAGUCCAUUAUAAUAUUCAUAUGAAAAUUGGUUAUCAAGCAGUAAAAGAUAAUUCUAAAUUUCAUGAGUCCCCACCGAAAUAUCUGCCUUUUAAAUAUUUUCUGGAAUAUUUAGGAAGUCACAAAUUGAUUGGCUUCUUUUAAUGCCAUUUUCACAGUAAAUCAUUUCACGAGGAUUAACAAUUCAAAGUUGUAAGUUCACCUCAUCGCGUAUUUUUUAAUUUUGGAGGUGUCGAAUUCAAGAUUUAAAAUAUGCAGGGAAAGUAUUUCGGUAGCGAUGAAUAACUACGAAUAGGUCUCAACUAUUAUUAUCUAAGUAAAGAAUUAUCUACAAGGACAAGAUUGCUCAUGCGUUUCAGGAAAGUCGUUUUUGUAAUGUGUUUUCACGAUAAGCAUAACUUAAACUUAUUUGCAAUGAUUUAAUUAAAGAUCAUUAACAGUCUGAUUAUUUGAACUAAUAUGUCCAUACAUGCUUUCCUGUUCGAAAAAAAUAAAACUGUAAUGUUUCGUAUAAAGAUUCUAUAUAGUAUAAAACUCUGUAACGUCACCAGCACAUUUUCAAUGAAAAUUUAAAUUCCAUCUCCCAUUUGUUUAAUU